CUUCUCCCCGACCUGCUGCCCUUGUCCUGUGACAGUUUAUUCACAGAUCUUAGGGGUGCCGGACAUAAGCACACGUCACAGAAGUCUCGUACCAUAAACAGUUCACGUGUUUACGUUACCACACGUAGUAGUAUAGUGUCCCUUCGAAAUUACUGCCGAUCAAGUCGACGUAGUGCCCGUUGCAAGAUUAUGAGCUCGUGCUGACGAGGUUGCAAGAACCUAGCAAGCAUUUUCUUCGCCUCCGAACCUCCCUGACGAAUUUCUGAGUAGGUUGCAACUCGCAUUUCUUUGUUAGGUUCCGCUAGCGCUAUCGUCGUACAGUCCCGAACGGGAAACGGAGUCCCUUGAGGUUGUCAUAGAAUGGAUAAAAACAAAGGGAUCGAUUUCGAUGAGACCGAUCAUGUGGAAAGACGCUUAGCCUUCUGUCAUAACAUCGUCGGUCCGAGCCAGGGUAUGACAGGUGAAGACGGCCUGUUUCCAAGCAAUAGUUCUUCUGUCAAUCGAUCUCCAUCAGCUGAGAAGCACGGGAAAAACAACAAUCAUCCCGAGCAGAGAGACGAAGAAAAUGAGGACGUGAAUGGUGAUAAUGAACCAGAAGCGAACCAGGAUGAUCAAGAGCCGGACGAGGGUCACGAGCCGGAAACCGAUACUGAUCAAGAUCUAGAGCAAGAUCCAGAGCAAGGCAACGAGACAGAUCCCGAGUUUUCGUCCGCGUUAGAAGACGCGCUCCAGCAUGAGGACGUGUCAUCGACCAUGCUUCUUUCGCACAGGUCAUUCGCGUUUUUGUCGCGGACACGUGGCAGGCGGCCACUGGUGGAGGACAUUCAGCCGUGGCUUCUGAGCAAGCGAGCCGCUUGGCGUGCGAGGCAACGAGCCUAUCGCCUCGGCUACGUGGUGUCAUCUCUCUCCCCAACGACCUCCUCUGCCUCUCAACUCGACCUUAUAACGAAGGGCGCUGAGAGCGACUCGCUCUCUCCUCCGCCUCCUGGCAUUCGCCGAAGUCACAGCAUCAGUGAGACGAGCAAGCCGGGACUGCAUCCCUUCCCCUGCCCACAGUCUCAUGGCUCUGGUUCCGGUUGUUCUUGUAACGGUGCCUUGGCAAUCAGGCUCCCGGAAUUCCAGCGUCCGGGGAGGCUGGAGGGCGUCUUGAAGGAGGAAGGAGAGGAGGGGGAGAGUGUGUGUGAGAGAGAGGAGGGAAGUGCAUGUGUUGGGCGGAGUGAGGAAGGCGACAAAAUGGGCAGCAGCAGGGACGAGAUUGGAGGAAGUGAAACGGGUGGUAAUGAGAAUGCUGGUGACGAGACGAGUGGUGGUGAGAUGCUACCGCCCCCAGGUGGAGCCUCCCCCAUUGGCAUCAGCUCUAUCUCCAGACCGUCUAUGGGGGGAAUGGUAGCAGAGGAUGACGUUCUAAUGAGGGCCUCCUGGCCUAUGGCUGAUGGUGUGACUAUGUGGGAUUGUUACAGUCAGGGGACUGCUGGAGGAUGGAGUAAGGAGCCAGGGCUAGCCAGUAGGGUCGUGCCAGGUGGCCCAGGUGGAACGGGCGGAGGGAGUGGAGUGACGGAGAGAGGGGAUGCGAGAGCAUGUGUGAUUGGAGAGGAUCAGGUGCAAGACGUAAGGCAUGAUCCUUCCAAGUUAGGCGCAGAUGGCAGUAGCAGUUUAGAGGAGCAGCCCAAUAACCAUGAGGGGGUGCUCGUGCGUCCACCAUGUGGGAAGGGAGUGGAGGUAGAUAGUGCUCCCAUGCGUGCGGCUGCUGCUAACGUGCCCGCCGCCGCCGCCGCCGCCGCCGCUGCUGCUGCUGAUGCUGCUGAUCCUACUCCCCUUCCUCCUGUUCCUGCUCCUGAUUCAUCCAGCGUCGCUGUUUCGCCGCCUGUAGCUGCUGUUGUAGUGGGGCCAGGGAGAGUUGAGGGGCAGGGUGAAGAAGCGGAGGCGAAAGGGGAAACCUGCAGAGGGAAUGGGGAGGUGAAACAGGGUGAGACGCUGUCCGAGCCCCCAGUAGGAACGGCAGACGAAAACCUUGAGUCACGCGAACGGCAGUUUGAUGGUGCUUUUGAUGGUGCUGCUGCUGCUGGUGUUGGGACUGGAGCUGCUGCUGCUGCUGCUGCUGCUGCUGGUGUUCGUGCCGGUGCUGGUGUUCGUGCCGGUGCUGGUGCUGGUGCCAGUGCUGGUGUUGGCCUUGAUCUUGGUCAUAGCGUUGGUGCUGCCGCCACAGCUAUGGCUGCCGUUGGUGGUGAUGGUGUUGAUGACGUCUGUAAGGGGCUCGACGAGGCUCGGCUCGCCGAGGCUGGCAAGAUGGAGGCUCGGAUGCACGAGUACAGAUGCUUGGAUUGGAAGCAGCAGCUGGGGAGGGCUGCUGAGCUGGACGUCCGCGUGGGCGGAUUUGAUUGGUCGGACCUCGUAGCACUGUACCGCACUGAGGUGGGAGGAGAGGGUAGCUCGGCUGUAGCAGGAGGAGUAGGAGGAGGAGGAGGUGGGGGAGGAGGGGGAGAGGGAUUGCCUGACGCACCUGUGAUUGAGAAGAGCGGUAGUGUGGAGGUGACCGUCAACUCUGGUGGAAUCGUGUAUUUCGCACUGUUCCGCCAGCGGCCCGAGCCAGGCCCAAAAGGGGACGAAUCCGGCCACAGAAGAGCGGACGGCGAAGCAGCUGAAGCUGAGACAAGGGCCAUUGGGGCACCCCAAAAUGCGUCUCAGAUCCGAGACAACAGAGGGGUAGGAGCUAGACGAGAGUGGAUGGACCCCCAACCUCAACUAGCCGCAGCGUGCAUCAAGUUUGCUGGAUCGCGCAUCGUCACGCAGUCGGAGCGAUUUGGAGCUGAGCUGGCCAUGCACCUUGGGAUCGCCACGCCCCAGGUGCGAGUGGUGCACAGAGGAAAUCACGGCAGGAGCAGCACGCACAGCAGCCCAAUCCUCUGUAGCAACAGCAACACCAACACCAACACCGACAGCAGUAGCACCACCAUCACUGGAAGAAGGAGGGCGACAGUAGCGACCGGCAGCCCAGCUUCUCUGGCUGCUUCUGCUGCGUGGAAUUCGCCUCUCCCCACCUGUAGUGCUGACCGCAGCGCCGACCCUUUCACGCUGGAUAAGGAAAAUCUGCAGCAGGGCUUUUCAGGCCGAAUGGAGCGGUCCGUUUUGGCCAAUGACCCAUCCUGGUCUGCCCAUGAGCUUGCAGUGCAGCAGACCAGGGAGUGGGAGGAGGUGGUGAGAGCAGCAGAGAGGCUGAGGGGGAGAGAGAUGGGGGCGAGAGGGCAGGAGGUUGAGCGGAGGGAGAGUGGGUGCAAGGAGGAGGGGAAUGUGGUGGAGAGGAGGGAGAGUGGAGGGAAGGAGGAGGGGAGUGUGGUGGAGGAAUUUCUAGAGGCCCUGCAGCUGAGCCGAUGCUUCCUGCUCAUGGGGCAUGUGAAGGGGCAAUCUUUUGUCUCCUGCCCACGAGACGAGCUUUUCCCUGAUCAAUCUGCCCGGGAAAAAACAGCGCACUCAUUGGGCCGCGUGCUUCUGCUAGAUAUUAUGUUGAGGAACGAUGACCGGUUACCCUGCCCGGAACUGGGCUGGAGGGGUAACCGCGGCAACAUUCUAUGCUCCGACCGGCCGUUACUGAAGGCGUGGGAGAGAGAAGAGAAGUUGAAGGAGGGGGAGGGGGGAAAGGGAAUGGGUGCUGAAUUAGAAUCUAGGAGGCAAGGGGAAUUAAGGAGGGAGGGUCGAGGACGAGGAAGCGGAGAGAGGGGGAGGGGGAGGGGAAGGGGAAGGGGGCGAGGCAGAGGUAGAGGUCGAUCUCAUAGUGAAACGAAAGAGGCUUCCGGCUUUCCAAGUGCCAUAUCAAAGCACUCCAUUGUGGGGAAUAUCCUACCACUUUCACAGCAGCAGCAGCCGCAGCAGCAGCAGCAGCAGCAGCUGAAGCAGCCUGCAAGUCAGGGGUUAAAGCAGCAGCCAGUGGGGCAAGAGGCACCACAGACGCCGCAGCAGGUAGUGGUGGUGAUAGAUUCGUCCAUCUGCCGCCGCGUGCCACCCAGCCUGGCGGAGCACGACCGGGACGCCAUCCCCCGCCUCGUGCAGCUGCUGCUGCAUGACCCCUGCUUCGCCGCCCACACGCUCUUCCACGCCUCCUUCGGGGCACUGGGCCAGUUGGGCGAGCCCACUCCAGGCCAUGUGCAAUCAACUCCCACCCAUGGGGUCGUGGCUCCCGGCCCGAUGUGUGCUGCCGAGGAUGGUUUUCCUUCCGCCUCUUUCUCAUCGUCGUUGUCGUUUUCAUCCUCGCUAGAAUCAUCCUCGUUUGGCUCGUCUGACUCAUUGCCUCCCAGUGCUUCUGGGACAGGUCUGGCUGCUGCUGCUACAGCAGCUUCUACAGGUGGUGGUGCUGCUGCUGCUGCUGCUGCUGGUGCUACAGGAUCCUUCCCAGCUGUUAUUGAAGCUGGAAUGGCUCUAGAGAGGUCUGCUUAUGCUACAGAAUGUGUAACCGCCCCCUCCGCUCCGACCAGCACCAUUCCCGCAACCAUCGCCGUAACUACCACCACCACCAGCAUCACCACCACCACUAUCACAACCACUGAGUCCGGCGCCACAAGUAUCGCCACAAUCAGCAGUACCAGCGGCACCACCACCACCAGCAGCACCACCACCAGCAGUACCAGCAGCACCACCACCAGCAGUACCACCAGCAGCACCACCAGCAGUACCAGCAGCAGCACCAGCAGCAGCUUAUCCAGUCAAAGGUCUACCAUUGCUCAGUUAGCAGCAGCUGCGCACCCCCCUGUGUCCCCAGAAACCCGUGCGUUCCAGCAGGGGUUUAGGGAAGCAGUGGAGGAGAUGCGCCGCGUGCAGCGCACGCUAUCUGCCCUGCACUCGCGGCUGGACGACAUGCUGAGAGCGUUCCUGGCGUUUGUGACUUCGGUGCCUGAGCUGGACGGGGGAGGGGAGGGUGGGCGAGGCGGGGAGUGCGGGAGAGGAGGGGAGAAUGGGAGCGGAGGGGAGAAUGGGAGCGGAGGGGAGAAUGGGAGCGGAGGGGAGAAUGGGAGCGGAGGGGAGAAUGGGAGCGGAGGGGAGAAUGGGAGCAGUGGGGGUAGAAUUGGGUAUGGUGGUAGAAGGGGCAGUGCCGCCAAGGAGGAGAGGGCUGGAGGCGAGGGAGGAGAUGGGGAGAAGGCAGGAGGAGGAGGAGGCAGCAGGAGAGAAGGAGAGGGCGUAGGCGGAAGGGGGGAGCUGGUAGAUAUAAACACAACAACCCCGUUUCCUUUCCGCAAGGGGUCUCGCAUUCUCUCCCCAUCCUCCGUCCACAGGCCACGGCUCGACAGCAGCAGCAGCAGAGGCUGUGAUGGCAGCAGUAGAGCCUGCAGCAGCAGCAGCGGAUGUGAGGGCAAUGAUGCCAGCAGCAGUGGUAACGGUGGUGGCUUUGGCCAUAACAGUGGCGCUGGCUGUGCCGGGUGGGUAGGACCCGCUGCAAGACGAUCCUCGCCGUCCAUCUCAUGCCGCACUGCGCACAUCUCUGCGAGUAGACUGGACUUUGGGAAUGCCGGUGUGGGGGGGACGCGCGACAGCCGAGAAAACGGUGGUGGUGGUAGUAGUAGCAAUGGCGAUUGUGGUGGUGGUGGUAGUCGAGUCGAUUUUGGCAGCAGCGGGAAUUGUAAUGGCGACCCUAAGGACAGCAUGGAGGGUGCUACUGCUAGAGAGCUAAAUGCCCCAACUGCAGCACAGAGGGCUACCGACAAUGCUGAGAAGACACCUGUCAUGGAUGGAGGUGUCCGCUGCUCCGAACUUCUCCCUCCACCUCCUCCCUUUCUCUCACCUGUUCCCGAAGCCGACCCGAUCUCCCCAGACUCCGCCCCUCCUUUUGAGUCGACUCAAAAGUCGUCUCCUCCACCUCCUCCCUCCCUUUCACCUGUUCCUGAGGCCGACCCGGUCUCCCCUGAUUCCGCGCCUCCCUCAGCCACUGCUGCAGUAGCCAGAACCACAGCAACAGCAUCUCCUUCCACGUCAUCAGCAGCCCAUACCACGUCAUCAUUGUCUCGCGACUCGUCCGUUGCAUCUGCCAAGGCCAGCAGGUCCCUACGGCUGUCCUUUACCCACCCUUCUUCCACGUCGGCAGAGGAACCACUAGAAAGUUCUUCCAAAGAACCGCCCCAUGAUCUACCCUCCCCAGUAACACCUUCCCCUCGCACUGCCAACAAUCACAGUAACGAUCUGUGGUCCCCUCACACUCCCAGGGAGUUCGAAUCCUCUCUAAACUCCUCCCCUCAGGUCCCCCUCUCGCCCCGCGCUCCCCUCUCCCCUCACGCACCUCUCUCCCCCGAAGCUUCUCCCUCUAACAAAUCCCCCCCUUCCUCCAUUCCCCCGUCUCCUAGUGAAGACUCCUACUCUCAGCACGUUAUGAGGCGGAUAUCACCUCCCCCAAUCAUGCCUCCCUCUGCUGCUGGGCCUGCUUACGGCUACUCACGCUCGGAUUCCCGUGCUGAUUCUGCUUCAGCAGACCCCGUGUCCCGUACUGCUCUCUCCCAGCGGCCCCGUGCCCCCCCUCCCUCCCCUGCUCUCUCUGCUCCCGCCUCUCCCGCCCCUCCCUGCUCUCCCGCUCCCCCCCGCUCCCCCGCACCCCCUCUUUCCUCCGACUGGCCUCGUUCCCCCAUUCCCCCUCGCUCCCCUGCUCCCCCUCGUUCCCCUGCACCCCCUCGCUCCCCAAUCCCUCCCCGCUCCCCUGGCCCCCCGCGCUCCCCUGUGCCUUACCGUCGUGCCACUGCUGGUGCCGCCCACUCGCCCCGCCUCCUGCGCUCCCCUGCUCGCUUCAAUCCGCGCUCUCCUUCUCUCACUAGUGCCCGCUCCCCCUUCCUAGGAAGCAUCUGUGAGAAGACAGCAGCAACGGAAGAGGUGGCGAGGAGAGCAUCAGCAGCCGCAGCAGGAGCAGGAGAAGGAGAAGGAGAAGGAGAAGCCACAGCGGCAGGGGAGGAAGAAGUAGAAGGGGAAGUGUCAGCGGCGCGUAGAACGAGCAGAGGGAACAGAGGGAGCAGAGGUAGCAGAGGGAGUGAUUCCCCAGAAGCAGAUUCUGCUACCGCUGCUGCUGCUGCUGCCGCCGGUACUGGCGGUACUGGUGCUGUUAGCGCCGCUGCUAGCACUGCCAGCUCGCCUCCCACCCGUGCAACCUCCCCUAUGUCUCUCUCCUCCGCCUUCUCCUCCCCUCCCUCCACCCGCCCUUCACCCAUAAUCCGCCCUGCCAACCACCGGCAGAAGCACACCCACCCAUCUCUUCCCACCACCCCUGCCACUGACACUGCCCCCUCUGCCGCUCAUACUGCCCCGUCGCUCGAUGCUGCCGCUUUUUCUAAUGCUGCCACUGAUACUGCUCAUACCAGCACCAGCAGCAUAAGCACUCCCACUGCGGCCCACUCCCGUCUCCCCUACCGUAGCCCCACCCCUCGCUCCUCCCACAAAACCCCCUCGUCUCACAAAACCCCCGCCAACCCCCGCCACGCGCCCGCCUCUAUUAGCAAAUCAGCAGCAAAAGCAGCUGCCUGGAGGGCGUCUCUGGGUGGUUUACCCUCGCGAUUAAGCAUGAAGAUACGCGGAGUGAGGAAAUCCGCUCAGGGGGACGAGGAGUUGAGGGAGCAGGUGCAGCGGUGGGACGGGCGCAUGAGGGAGGAGGCUGGGAGGAUCUGCGGGGCGGCUGCGCUGCCGUUUUUGACAGGGUUUAUGGAGGCGAGUGGCGGGGGAGGGGCGCACAGCCUGGUGGACGCCUACGAACUCAAGGUUCGCCUGCACCAUCUCUUGGAGCGCUGGGCGCUGGUGCAAGACUCCAUGGCGUCUGAGCGCCCCUCGUUGAUCCUCCCGCACCUGUACCUGGGGUCCGCCAUCGCCGCCCGCUCCUUCGCCCUCCUGCACCAUCUGGGUGUGAAGCACGUGGUGACGCUCUGCCCCACUGACCUGCUGGACCCUGAUGCGGAGCAAUCCCCCCUCUUCACCUACCUCGUUCUGCCGAUGCGCGACUCAGACCGGGAGGAUCUGGGAAAGUACAUGGAAGCGACCAGCAGCUUCCUGGAAGCUGCCAUCAGCAAGGGAGAGGGCGUGCUGGUGCACUGCUAUGAGGGCCGCAGCCGAUCGGUGUCCAUCGUGCUGGCCUACCUCAUGACCAAGAGGCUGAUGCCCCUGGCAGAGGCAUGGGUGCUGCUGCACUCCGCCCACCCCCAUGCUGCCCCCAACACCUCUUUCCUCCGCCAGCUAGUGGCGCUCGACCGAAGGCUCUUCCACCCCCACGGCCCUCCGCCUCCUGCUGCCACUGACCCCUCUGCUGCCACUGACCCCUCUGCUGCCACUGACCCCUCUGCUGCCACUGACCCCUCUGCUGCCACUGCUCCCGCUGCCACUGCUGCUCGUACUGCUCCUGCCACCUUUCCGCCCACUUCCCUUGAUGCUUCCCCUGGCAAUAGUGGUGGUGCUGGGGCAGCAGACACGGCAGCGCACAGUGUUGCUGCUGAAACGUCCUUUCCGCACUCCUCGCCCACCCUCCUGUCUACUGCUGCUGCCACUCCUCCUCCCACUCUGCCAUCUCCUCACCUCCCCACCUCUGGCCCUGCCUCUGCUCCUGCAGUGGUUGCAUCCUCUGCCCUUCCACGCAUCUCCUCCCCUUCCCCCUCCUCCGCCUCCAACUCCGCCUCCAACUCCGCCUCCCCCACCUCGCCCUUCUCCCUCCCUUGGUGCCCUCGGGGCCGAAUGAGCCGGCCCACGGUGCGCGUGUGUGCCGUGUGCGGGAAAGCAGCCGGGCUUAGUAGCGACUCGCUGAGAGCACAUAUGAGGAGGAUGCACCCUGGUACCCCGCUGCCCCCUCUGAAAGCAGCACCCUGAGCUGUCUUGGAAGUAGUGCUAAGUGUGUGCCAUGUGCCGGAAAGCAGCAGGACUCAGCAGGGACUCGCUGAGAGCACAUAUGGACAUGAGGAGGACGCACCCUGGCACACCGCUGCCCCCUCUGAAAGCAGUGCCGUAAACAAGGAAUGUACCCCCCCCCUCCCCCUCCUCACCCCCGCCUCCCCCCCUUGUUCAACUGCUCCUCCUCGGCCCCUUCGUCCUCCUAUGUUGGAGUGCAAGAAGGAUGAGAGUACAGCUGGUUCAUAAUGACAUGCUACAGUAUGCUGCGUGUAACACAAGUGACGUCAUCUCCAGAGCCACUGUAUAUAAUGACAUGGUCCAGGAUGUUUCUAUGGUGCUGACUCGUUUUUAACUCGAUUAGUUGUUUUAAUCUAACCAAGUUA